AUGGCUGAUGCGCUGGAAAUGAAGUUUCAGGCCAUAGUGGAGACGCCCCAGAAGAACUCAGACGGUCCAGCCGUUGUACAGCCUCGGAUGUUCAGCAUGCAGGCCAAACAGCAUCUGGUGAAUCGCCUCAAACCUACACAGCAAGGCUUCAUUGCAUUGGACAACUUCAUGAAGUUACCUGUCGCAGAGGAGUAUCAGCUGCGAAAAAACUCCACAACCGAAGGCGAAUGGAAACUGGUGCCAUUUUUCGAAUGGUUCUUCAGAUUGGCUGAGAUUGUCAACAAAUAUCUGUAUACAAAGGAGGACGCCGAAAAUCUUCUACGAUGUGUGCCACGAUCGGUUUUGCUAGUCCGAUUCUCUGAUAUUGAAUAUGCAAAAAUAAAAAUCUCAGUAAAGGAUAGAAACGGAGAGGCGUUAUAUUUUGCAGAGAUUCGACAUCAUUGGUAUGAGCACAGCGAUCUAAACGCAAGAAUUCUCUCAAAAGAACUGCUGGCAAACCAACGAUUUGCACAAAUUGAUUUGAUUUAUCCGGAUAUAGACCUGGAGGUCGCUCUUGGAGGACGAGAAAAGCCGCGGGUACGAGUUCCACGAAACCUGGCACCGGACGAGAUCUACUUUGACAAUCAGGGAGCAGCCACGUCGGCUUUUUAG